AGACUGAGUGGGAUGUGGAAUUUGUUGCUAUUAGGCAAGAGAGCCAAUUAUCACUUCUGUUGGUAAAUGGAGGACAAGGAUCUCUUGUAAAAGUUAGAGCAUAACAGUAGGCUUGCUAAAUUGUUGUACUGGCUUUACUGGGAGGUAAACAUAUAAUAAUAGGUUCAUAAGACAAAUUAAAGCAGUUAUUAAAACAAAGAAGUGUGCACAUAGUGAUGUUUUAGCCAGGUAAUAGUGAAGUCUGCUCAGAUAUUCAGUUGCAUGUUGUUGAAGCUCAAGGGGUGUCUUGUUUUCGUGUUGUUCUAUGAAACCUCUGAAGGAAGUAUUUCUACUUUACAGGCAGAUGUCAGUGAGGAAAAACAUCCUUCAUUAACAGAUAUAGAUUUACCAAAUUGCAUGUCUGAUGCAGCUAAUGGAUUUGUCCUCUUUCUUUAUUGGGAAAUGUCUUUCAAGGAGUGGCCCUGCAGUGCCAGCUGAGCAUUUAGGAGUGCUCUGUGGAGAGCAUCACACAGGGCAUCCUGAGUGCCAACUGCAAUGGGCUGCAGAGUGAAAGAGAAGGCACAGCCUGUACCUACAGUACAGAUACCCUGAAUGUGACACCAAAGUUCACUUGGGGGAGACAGAGUUCAAAAGCUGCAGAUAACUGGAGGGAUACAGGAAGCUUUGUGUAACUGAGCAGUCAUCUGCUUUGCUGCCUGCUGAUUCUGUGGUAGGUUGCUUCUGCUGUGGGUUAAAUAGAGCUCCACGUAUGUUUCUAGGAUGAACUCUUUAGGGUGUUAUCCUGAAGCUGUCUCUGCAGGCUCCUGGUGGCUUGUAUUUAAAUUCCAGUUGGACAGCUAUUUACAUAAACUAUCAGAUUUGAUGCCAUUCUGCUUGGGUUUGCCUCAUACUCGACGUUUGCUGGAGCACUCCAUUGCUUUGCUUGCCCAAUGAUCCUUUCUUGUCAGCUUAUUUUUAGUAGUGCUUAGCAAAUGAUUAAAAAUGACUGCGCAGUGUUUCACUUUGUGGAGUCUUUCAGUUUCUUCUGGAAGCUGGUGGGCUGCUGGCAGUGCUCAGCCUGCAGGAGAUCAGCCUGUCAGUAUUUUAGCAGCUAAGCUGAAGUGCUUCAGCAAUGAGAUGAGACUGGAAUGUGAUGCAGCGGAGUCCUGAAGGCUUUGCUGGGUCUCGCUUGCUGCUAGCUGUAACUUAAGCUUGCAGUUCAAAGUCUUUGAACAAUGUUUACCUGAGGGAAGGACCAGAGAAUAAACGUCUACUCCUUGUAGAUCCUUCCAUUUCUGUUUGAAGUUUCUGGUUGUGUGCUCAUAGUUCUCACAUUUUUUCCUACUCAGAAAUACAUGAACAUCUGGAGCUGUGCACGGCAGUAGUGUGUAUAUUAAGUGACCAGAAAAUUGGACUUUUCUGCCUCCUUUUUUGUCUUCUGAAAGCAUGAGAAAAACUAGCAGUAAUAACUUGAAAGCUGGAAGCUUUUGCUGGUGCUUUCUGGUGUUCAUGGCUUCGCCUUGGAGAAAUCCCUGCGAGAGGAGGGACGUCACUUCUGCAACACACUGAGGAGCAGAGAUCAAAGCCAAAAGCUUCAAGCUUCAAUUCUUUCAUCUCGCUAAGUUCAAAAACUGUGUUUGUUGCCUAAGGAGAAGUGAUAUGAUUUCCCUGCAAAAUAUUUGACUUCAGUGAGAGCAGCUAGUAUUAAAAAAUCAAGUUGGUGUCACGCAGUGGUGAUACCCAGCACAGCUGGGUGUCAGGAGUGACAAUUCCACUGAACUGUUCUUAUCGUUCCAGAGGAUUCAUGCCUUUCUCUUCCUUAAUAUUAAUGGAGGUGAAUAAGAUGAGACUUUUUCCUGUUGCUUUAAGGUGUUCAGUUUUGCUAGCAGACCACUGGUGGUAAUGUUUAUCAUUACUGAAGCAAUUUCAAAGAAUGAUUACCAAAUCUUAAGGGAUGCUUAAAUAGCUGAAGUUUUAAAUACUGAAAUUUGAAUGUUUUCUGAGAUGAUAACUUCAGUAACUCGUUUAAAUGACUGUUAUGUUUCAAGCAGUCUGAAGAUGCUUUUCCUUGCGAGCACCCUGAUAUUCCCUUUCCUGACUGUAGCUUCAUCUGAGCAGGAGGACUCAAAGACAUCACAUGAAUUGGAAUGGACUGUAAGCUGUUAAAUUCUCCUUCAAGAGAAUUUCCUCUUUUUUUUUUUUUCUUAUCCUAGAGCAGAAAAUGGUGUAGCUUCACAUUAUCUGGAGUAAAUUGCAUUGACAUUUUUAGUAAGUACUUUUAUGCCACAUAUGAAGUAGUAAUAGUAGACAUUUAAAAGAAGAUUUACUUGCACUGCUGUCAAAUAACAGCAGGUUCAGAUUGCUGUAGUUAAAGCUGUGUCAGCAGUUGUGGCUUUCUGUGGUGUAAAACUAUGCUUCCGAAGGGGUUUGAUUCAUGGGUUUGGAUCAUACAGUGCAAUAUUAUACAUAUUUAACAGGUGGAUCAGCAUUACUUUCAUUUGUGAGUGCUAUGGAGUGUGAUCUUGUUGUUCCUGGCCCAUCUUAUUCUAGGGCUACUUAUGUGUUAUUGCAGUCCUUGGUGAAUAGGAUGAACAGCAUAGGGUAGAUAUGUAGGCUUUUCCUUUUGGAGCAAGUGAGGAGAAGGAAGUACAACGCUUCCAGCUGAGGUUUGGCUUGUCACAGUCCCCUCUAUACACCAAUACUGGUGGUAGUCGGAUGGUUGGACAGAUGAUCUUGGAGGUGUUUUCCAGCCUUGAUUCUGUGAUUGUUCGGGCCUGCACCCAGUGCUGUCUUUGCACUGUGUUGGCUGCAGGUGGCCUCUGUUCACCCCAGGAACACAUUUCUGGUUACUGUUGCUGGAUUUUCUUAAGUCUCAUAGCAGGGUUUGGUCUCCCAGUGCUUUCUGAAGUGUUGGGCUAUUAGAAAUCUGGUGGACAUGAAGAGCCUUCUGGGCUGUUACUGCCCACAGUCAAGAGUAAAAUGAGUAAAGAGCAAAAGAGAAUCCCUUUUCCUGACUUAACUUCACAUUUUCUUUUUUGUUUGGCCCCUUAAGCACGGUGUACAGACCCCGUGUAUUUGCAUAGGUAGAUUAGCAUUUCCAUGUGAGGUACUUAAAUUAACAUAGCUUCUCAGCAGGACCAGGAAUGCAGCUGGUGUUCACCUGAAGGACAGCACACAGAGGUACCCUCGCAUGGUUCUGCAGAGACAGCUGUUGCGAGUAUGAAGGCCUCAGGCUCGGUUUUGAGUGAUUCUUUUCUCUUCAUUUUCUCCCCCUGUCUCCCCAGGUAUGGCUUCGUUGAGUUUGAUGACCUGCGAGAUGCAGAUGAUGCUGUUUAUGAGCUAAAUGGUAAAGAUCUUUGUGGGGAAAGAGUGAUCGUGGAGCAUGCCAGAGGCCCACGUCGUGACAGCAGUUAUGGUUCUGGACGCAGUGGAUAUGGUUAUAGAAGAAGCGGAAGAGAUAAGUACGGUCCUCCUACCCGUACAGAAUACAGAUUGAUUGUGGAAAAUUUGUCAAGCCGCUGCAGUUGGCAAGAUCUUAAGGAUUAUAUGCGUCAGGCAGGGGAAGUGACAUAUGCAGAUGCACACAAAGGAAGGAAAAAUGAAGGUGUGAUUGAGUUCAAAUCCUAUUCUGACAUGAAAAGAGCCCUUGAAAAGCUGGACGGGACAGAAGUAAAUGGCAGAAAGAUUAGAUUAGUGGAAGACAGACCUGGAUCAAGACGGCGCCGCUCUUACUCCAGAAGCCGAAGCCAUUCAAGGUCUCGCUCUCGAAGCAGGCAUUCUCAUAAGAGCCGGAGCCGCAGUGCCAGCAGCAGUCGCUCCAAGAGCAGAUCAAGAUCCAGGUCUGUGUCCCGUUCCAGAAGCAAGAGCCGUAGUCGAAGCAAGAGCCGUAGCAGAGGCCAAAAAGAGAAAAGCAGGACUCCAAGUAAAGAGGAUAAAAGUAGGAGCCGCAGCAGGAGUGCAGAGAAAUUGCGGAACAAAAGUAAAGAUAAAUCUGAGGGCACUCUACAUAACAGUGAUGAGAAAGAAAAGAGCAGGAGCCGCAGCAAGGAAAAGAGCAGGAGCAGGAGUGGAAGCAAGGACAGGGGAGAGACAAGGGAGAGCUUGAGGAGUAGAAGCAAAGAUAGGGAAAAGAGCAUUAGCAAAGCUAGAAGUAGGAGCAAGAGCAGGAAUGAGAGCAGGAGCAGGAGCCACAGUAAGGAGAAAAGGAAAAAUAGGAAGAGAAGCAGGGAUGACAGCAGAAGUAGAAGCAGGAGCUGCAGCAAGAGUGAGAAAAGCAAGAGGCGCAGCAAGCGAGACAGCAAACCAAGUAGCAAGAAAAAAAGGAAGGACAGCCGCGAGCAGUCCAGGUCAGUCUCCAAAGAAAAGGAACAUCUAAAAUCAGAGUCUGACAAAAAGGAGGCAAAAGGUGAGGGUGAGGAUGCAGCUGCCCAUGUGGCGUCUCGCUCUAGGUCUAGGUCUAUUUCCAAGUCAAAACCAAAUGUCAAAUCAGAUUCCCGUUCCAGAUCAAAAUCUGUUUCAAAACCUAGGUCCCGGUCCAAGUCUAGGUCUAGGUCUGCCUCUAGGUCACACUCCCAGUCACGGUCAAGGUCUCGCUCCAGAUCCUAACCUUGCUGCAAGCAUACUUGGAACAGUCAGAGAAGUCUUUUGUACGUGUUUGGUAGUUGUAGCACAAGUGAUUGAAGUAGAAAACAUGUCAAUGCUGUAUAUUUUUAACUGCCCUGAUGGUGUGUCUGUCGUUGUUAGUGGCAGUACUCACGCCCUGUAAUGCUCUCUGGUGCAAGGCUGUUCAGCUCUUUUACUAUUCUGUAGAAAGGUUCUCUUAGAAUACAGUUCUUCCUAGAUCACUGAAAUGGCCCUGUUUUCCAGGAAGAGCUUUGCAGAGAGUGAGCACUGCACCUUAGUGGGUUUAUGAGAUUGCAAUGAUGACUGAUAGGUAGGUAUGACGGCUUCAACAAUCUUUGCCCUUGAAUUGAUGCCCUUUGCUGUAUGCCAUUUAGUGGAAGUGCUAAGUCUUACGUUUCAUACUACUUUUGUUUCAUAUUUUUGGACUUACAGAGUUGUGAAUAGCACAGUCAAAAGGGGAUACAAAAGGUACUUGCAGUAAUCUGUGGGAAAAUAGAGUUCCAUAUUCUGGUAUUGUGACAAUAUCCUUGUUUUAUAUUAAUUUUUUUAUUUAUUUUUCCCCGUCUUGCAAAGUACAGUGAUCCCUGUUUCCAUGAGAUUUGAAUAAAGACUAUUUUUGCUUGAUGACA